ACAUUAUCACGGCCGUAUCUAUCUAUCACGGACUAAGAUGGUACUAAAUUAAUAAUAUUAUAUUAUUAUGUUUUUCAGUUUCACACGAUCAAAGAAAUUUCAAACCUCUACUAACUUUACUACUAACUAGUAUUGAGUAGUAAACAAUAAGUAUUUCUUUAAUCAUGUCUUCGUGCUAUCGCCAUGCCCUAUGGUAGCGGAUGUGUACUUAUUACUUACUAUUUACUACGUGUAGAUUGCCGCCGAAAUUUAAGUUUACUAUAAGAUAUUAAAUCAAAUAAAGGAUGGCGUCGAUUUCCAGUGAUGAAGAUCACAAGCCUUUGAUGUUUUUGGGCAAAGAUGUCUCAAAAAUCCCUUGUUUUCGUAACAGUUUCCUGUAUGGCAUAGUCGGAGGAUUUACUAUGGGAGUCGGCUGUUUCUUGUGUACAAGUAGAACAUUAAGAUCUACGCACUUCGGUUUUGGUUCUUUUGUUACGAUAUCUUCUGUGUAUUGGAUUGCAUGCAGAUACAACUAUGAUAAUACAGAGGAAAGACUGAAUGAACUGAAGGGUAUUAUCAAAGAUAAGAAGAGUGGCACUGAUGUCAAAUAGCUGAACAUCACCAAAGACAAAAACCGCAUUCGCCGGCACCUACUAAAAUCCAUCUGAUUACUUCGGUACAUUAGUGCAUUUAAUUCGGUUUCAAAAUUGAUUUGUUUCCGUGUGAAUAUAAAAAUAUCAGGGAAAGGUUGUGUAGUUGUGUACCGGCCACAUAAAAUACUUACACAAAAUAUACAAUCAAAGAAGGUUGGAUAUCAAAACAACAGAGCUUACUGUAGUUAUUAUAAUGUAGAAAUUGUUUUCUGUUUUUUGUUCAGUUAUUGUAAUAGACAAAUACAUGUUAAAUGGUUAUUAA